CAAUCUUAACAUUCCAAACAUUAAAAAUUAUUAUUUCUAAAAAUAGAAAUUACGAAAACGACAUGUAAUUUACUGAUAAGUGUACAAUCACAUAGAAAAAUAGGUGCAGAAAGUACAGAGUAUAAUUAAAAAAGUACAUUUUAUCGUCGAAUGUAUAGCUGUAAGUAGUAACUGGACAUUGGUCAUUAAAAACAAUUAAUGAUUUAAUGUAUUAUAUUUUGUAUAAAAAAUUAUUAUUAUUCUGUACCUACUAAAUAGUAAAUACUAAAUAGUAAAUACGGUUGUGUCACAUAUCUAUAUUAACAUUAAACGCUAUUGGUCGGGUUCCUAACAGGAAACAGGAAAUCCGAUAGCAGAUGGCAGUUGGGCAGUAAAUUACUACCUAUUGUGUUACGUGUAGUUGCAGGUGACAGGUGAAUUCAUUCGUGCGUUGACUCUUGAGUGUUCGGAUGUAUAAUAUUAAACUAUAAUACUCGUUCUCGAUUUUAUUUGUCGUAUGUGCUAUUUUGUGUUAGUUUCGAUGCAAAUACUCAAUGUUUCAUACCACGUACAACGACGUUUUGGCCGUUUUUGGUGUCUCGUAGAGUUAUAAAUAUUACUUUCAGAAUCAAUUAAUAUAAACCUAUUAUUAUAAUUAUUAUUAUUAUUGCUUGUACAAUAUUUUCGCUUUUACCGUUCGCGAUGGACGAAGACAUACGAUAUCAGCGUCUUCCACAAUCAUUCUCCGUCAGAGAACUCGGAUCUUCCGAGGCCAGAGGCUUAUGGGGAAUCAAACACACGCGGAAACCAGUCGAUUUAAUGGUAGCAAAAGCUAAAAGCUCGUCAACUCCCUUACAGCCACAAGUCGAACUACGAAUCACCGAAGACGGAUGUGAAAUUAUUGGAGACAAAUUUAGAAAAGUUUUCCCCAUUCACACGGUUUCUUAUGGGGUUCAAGAUUUGGUUUAUACAAGAGUUUUCUGCAUGAUAGUCGUUAAAGAACACAUUAGUACUGACAGAAAACCAUUUGAAUGUGUGGCGUUUGUCUGCGAAAGUCGUCAAGCUGCGAGGAAUUUGACUUAUACUUUAGCUACAGCGUUUCAAGCAUAUAGCAGGAAAAUACGUAGUACCGGAACAUCUAAAUCACGUUUUGCUAUUGAUUUGAGAACCGCUGAUGAACUAGAAAUGGAUCUUAAGAAAGUCGACUCUGAAGCAUAAUAUUGCCAUUGAUAGCUUUAUUUAUUUUAGGCUUAAGUUUAUAAUCGUGUUUAAUUUAUGAAUGUUUUUAUAUUGUAAAAAUUGAAAUAUUAUUUAAAGAAAAGAAAUGUUUUGAUACCUACUUCAUGAUUAUUUAAUUUAAGAUUUUACUAUGAUUUUCUAAUCAUUACCUAUUAGUAUUAGUAU